AAAACCUAAUCCUUUACCCAUUUCCCCACCCUCAACACUCCAAAGCGUUUACGUUAUCCACAACGACACUCAUCAACCCUCCUUAAACCCUAGCUAUGGCUUCUACCUUCAACGCAAUGUCCUCAUACAAGCUCUCCUCCUCCGCCGCCAUCUCCUCCUUCCCCUUCUCUGGCUCUCGCCGUCAAUCCAAUGGCGUCGUUCUCGCCAGAAGAAGCCGCAACGCCAGGGUCUCCGCCAUGGCCAAGGAGCUGCAUUUCAACAAGGACGGCACCGCAAUCAAGAAACUCCAGAGCGGUGUGAACAAGCUAGCGGAUCUGGUAGGGGUCACGCUUGGUCCCAAAGGAAGGAAUGUUGUUCUCGAGAGCAAGUAUGGUUCGCCGAAAAUCGUUAACGACGGUGUUACUGUUGCCAAAGAGGUUGAAUUGGAGGAUCCCGUUGAGAAUAUUGGUGCCAAGUUGGUGAGGCAAGCUGCUGCCAAGACCAACGACUUGGCUGGUGAUGGAACCACGACAUCUGUUGUUCUAGCUCAAGGCCUUAUCGCCGAAGGUGUUAAGGUUGUCGCUGCCGGUGCCAACCCUGUCCUCAUCACUCGUGGCAUUGAGAAGACAGCAAAGGCUCUGGUGUCUGAGCUUAAGAAGAUAUCAAAAGAGGUUGAAGAUAGUGAGUUGGCAGAUGUGGCAGCAGUUAGUGCUGGGAACAAUUAUGAAGUAGGAAAUAUGAUAGCUGAAGCAUUGAGUAAAGUUGGUAGAAAGGGUGUUGUGACCCUUGAGGAGGGAAAGAGUGCCGAUAACAGUCUAUAUGUCGUCGAGGGAAUGCAAUUCGACCGUGGCUACAUUUCUCCAUAUUUCGUUACUGACAGUGAGAAAAUGGCUGUUGAGUAUGAGAACUGUAAGCUGCUGUUGGUUGACAAAAAAAUAACCAAUGCUAGGGAUCUUUUCAACAUACUGGAGGAUGCUAUUAGAAGUGGAUACCCUAUAUUGAUUAUUGCGGAGGAUAUUGAACAGGAAGCUCUAGCAACUCUUGUGGUGAACAGACUUAGAGGGUCACUUAAGAUUGCAGCACUUAAGGCCCCUGGAUUUGGAGAACGCAAGAGCCAGUACCUUGAUGAUAUUGCAAUCUUGACUGGAGGUACUGUAAUCAGAGAAGAGGUUGGCCUUUCUUUGGACAAAGCUGGGAAAGAGGUUCUCGGAUUUGCGUCUAAGGUGGUACUCACCAAGGAUACAACAACAAUUGUUGGUGACGGAAGUACCCAGGAGGCGGUGAACAAGAGAGUUGCACAAAUUAAGAACCUAAUUGAGGCUGCAGAGCAAGAUUAUGAGAGAGAAAAGCUGAAUGAGAGAAUUGCUAAAUUGUCUGGUGGUGUGGCUGUGAUUCAGGUUGGCGCACAAACCGAAACAGAGCUCAAGGAAAAGAAAUUGAGAGUAGAAGAUGCUCUUAAUGCUACAAAGGCAGCUGUAGAGGAAGGUAUUGUAGUUGGAGGUGGCUGCACUUUGCUGAGACUUGCAUCAAAGGUGGAUGCAAUCCGGGAUAGUCUUGAUAAUGAUGAAGAAAAAGUUGGGGCUGAUAUUGUAAAAAGAGCUCUUAGUUACCCUCUGAAAUUAAUUGCCAAGAAUGCUGGUGUCAAUGGUAGCGUUGUCAGCGAGAAGGUAUUGUCCAGCGACAAUCCAAGAUAUGGAUAUAAUGCUGCCACUGGGAACUAUGAAGAUUUGAUGUCUGCUGGGAUCAUUGACCCAACAAAGGUCGUCAGAUGUUGCUUGGAACAUGCAGCCUCUGUUGCGAAGACCUUCUUAAUGUCAGAUUGCGUGGUUGUUGAGAUAAAGGAACCUGAGCCCGUACCUGCUGGAAACCCCAUGGACGGUUCAGGAUAUGGUCUGUAGAGACCCACGGGGAAGUUCAGUGAGAACAGAUUUUUUUUUCUCCGGAUGGAAUGCAGAGUUUGGUAGCCAUUUUAUUUGUAGAUGGAUACCUGUAUUAGUGUUAUGAACCAGAUAGUAAUGCACCAUCCCAUGCCUAUAUUUUUUGAAGUUAUUAAUAAAAAAUUUUGCGAAUUACUUGAGAUUUUA